AUGCAAGAUCUGGCAGCUACGGGUGCUGAGUUUACUGGCGUGACAAUAGCCGGUCAAGAAGUAGCUAUCGGAAAUAAACGAUUUCAAAAUAAUGGCUUGAAGAAUUGUCGUAUUGUGUUGGGCAACUGCUGUUGCUUGCCGUUCCUGGACAACACCUAUGACUGUGCCUACGCUGUAUAUGCACUGAAAUAUUUGGAGGAUCUGAGGCCAGCGUUACAGGAAGUCAAUCGAAUUUUACACCCUGGUGGAUUGUUCCUUGUUUAUGAUCUCCUGAAAACUGAUAAAUACGAUGUCGAUUCCAUUGAGCAUCGGACAGUUGUCGAGAAUUUGGAAUAUGGCUGUGGAAUGCCUUCGUUACAUACAAGGUAA